AUGGCCACAAGCGCUCUGCUGCACCCUGCUGCCACUUGCCAUUGGUUAGCACGAAGACGGAGUCAACGGCUUACCAAUGGGAGGCGCCACGCGCCUGAAGGCGGGACUGGCGCGUACCUGAAGCGCCCGGCCUGCCGGAAGCAGGUGUCGCUGCGGACCUGGGCGUAUGCAGACUGGCUCAGGAUGGCAAAACAGAAGAGAAAAGCUCCUCAACUGAUGGAGAAAAAGAGCAAAAAGCAAAAGAAGGAAGGGGCAGCAGUAGCUGAGGUCAGGCUUCAUAGGCAGAAAGCCAGCUCUGAGGGAGCAGCAGGGAGCAGUGUUCAGGACUCAGACCCUGAGCUGUCCCCAGAGGAGAGGAGGGUCCUGGAGAGGAAACUGAAGAAGGAACGGAAGAAGGAGGAGAAGAAGCGGCUGCGUGAGGCGGUCAUUGCCACUGUCCAGGCCCUGCCAGCCAAGCGUUCAGGUGCAGAGCUGGCCCUGGAUUACCUCUAUGGGUGGGCCCGGAAGGACGCGAGCUGGAGAUUCCAGAAGACAAGGCAGACCUGGCUGCUGCUGCACAUGUACGACAGAGACAAGGUUCCUGACGAGCAUUUCUCUACCCUGCUGGCCUACCUGGAGGGGCUGAAAGGCCAGGCCAGGGAGCUGACCGUCCAGAAGGCUGAGGCCCAGAUGCAGGAGUUGGAUGAAGUGAGCGAGGAUGCCGCCCUGCUGGAGAAGGCUGGGCGCCUCCGGCAGGUGUUACAGCUACUCUCCUAGCAGACGGAUGGGGGCUUGGACGCCACCGGCAACCCUCAGGGGGCACUGACCACCUCCCUCAGGGUGCUGUGGGAACAAACAGGCCACCGGCAGGUCAGCUGCACAGGUCUGAGGCUGCCCAAAGCCAUGGGCUAUUUUCAGAGAGUCUCUGAACCCUCAGCAAGGUCUGGGUCUUUGCAUAGCACAUGAGUCCCACCACAUGGCUCCAAUUCCAGGACAUGGCCAUUGAGCAAAGUCUGUUGUUUUGUUUUUUAACCAGCAACAUCUUAAAAACUGGCCAGUGGCUGGCCCUCUAAGCCAGCCAGAGCUCCACUUUGGGGUGUGGGGUUCACCAAGUUGGCCCUGAGUGUUUGGUCCAGAAACCCUCCAGCACAGCUGACCACAGCACCAUCCCCUGCCUCACAUCCAGUCCCUGCCUGGCUUCCUGGAAUUCCUGUGGUGGGGAACAUGA